AUGAUAAAGACGACACUUUCUUCGAUCUCCCACCAAAUUUUAGGCCUCUCAACGGUUAGUCAAUGGAACCACGCCAUUCGAGAAGCUGUAAACCAAGCUCAAUUUCAAAACGCCCUUUUCUUUUUCCACCAAAUGAUGCAAAAGGGCCUACAACCCAACCAUUUAACCUUCCCAAUCAUCGCAAAAGCAUGUGGGAAACUCAAUAACAUCUGCUACUCGAAAAUCAUUCAUUCCCAAAUCAUAAAAUCCCCGUUUUCUUCUGAUGUAUAUGUACAAACAGCAACAGUGGACAUGUAUAUAAAAUGUAACCACUUAAACAUCGCCCACCAAGUGUUUGAUAAAAUGCCCAAGAGGGACAUCGCUUCUUGGAACGUAUUGCUUUUAGGGUUUGCUCAAUCGGGUGUUGUUGAUCAAGUUAUGCCACUCUUUAAGCAAAUGAGAGUUGAAAGAAUUCAACCAGAUUCAGUCACAGUGAUUGGGAUAUCACAAUCCAUUAGAAAUAGAGAAGAUGUUUGGCUUAUGAAAGCUAUCCAUUCUUUUGGGAUUCAAAUUGGGGUAGAAGAAGAUGUUUCAGUAUCAAACACUUGGGUUUCCUCUUAUUCCAAACUUAGAGACUUACCCUCAGCCGAAAAGAUCUUCCAUGGGAUCAAUUCAAGCUUCAUUACAAUCAUUUCAUGGAACUGUUUAAUAUCAGGAUUUGCUUAUUUCAAGAAAUCUUUAAAAGCCAUUAGUCUCUAUAAAAACAUGCUUUUUGAAGGGUUCAAGCCAGACUUAAGUACAAAUCUUAACUUGCUUUCUUCAAUAGACAGAAAUGAAUCACUUAUUUAUGGUAAGUUGAUCCAUUGCCAUGGAAUCAAAAUGGGUUUUGAUUCAAACAUAUCAAUAAAAAACACCCUAAUUUCUAUGUACUCCAAAUUGGGUGAUCUUAAUACUGCAAGACAUAUAUUUGAUAGCAUAAAGGAUAAAACUUGUGUUUCAUGGACUGCUAUGAUUGGUGGGUAUGCUGAAAAAGGCAAUCUUGAUGAAUCUUUGACCUUAUUUCACUCCAUGGAAGCAACUGGUGUAAAACCCGAUUUAGUUACAAUACUCAAUAUCAUUUCUGGUUGUGGAGAAACUGGAUCACUUGAAAUCGGAAGAUGGGUUGAAAACUAUGCAAAUUUAAACAAACUGAAAACUAAUUUAAUGGUGUUGAAUGCUUUGAUAGACAUGUAUGCAAAAUGUGGAAGCAUAAAAGAAGCCCAUGAAAUCUUUUCCUCAAUGCAAGAAAGAACCAUUGUUUCAUGGACUUCAAUGAUUUCUGGUUUUGCUUUAAAUGGUGAAUUUCAAGAAUCUUUGAUGCAUUUUUCUCGUAUGUUGGAAUUAGGAAUAAAACCAAACCACAUAACGUUUCUUUCUGUUCUUCAAGCGUGUAAUCAUGGAGGAUAUGUAAAAAAGGGGUGGGAGAUUUAUGAUCUUAUGACUAAAGUGUAUAAAAUCGAUCCUGGAUUAGAUCAUUAUUCAUGUAUGAUUGAUCUUUUAGGACGUAGUGGAAUGUUAAAUGAAGCUUUGGAUUUGAUUCAAAAGAUGCCAAUGAAUCCGGAUGUUGGGAUUUGGUCUUCAUUGCUUAGUGCUUGUAAAAUUUAUAAAAAUGUGGAGAUUGGUGAGCUGGCAGCUUGUAAUCUUUUUAAAAUGGAGCCUCAGGCUGCAGCUCCUUAUGUAGAAAUGGCAAAUAUUUAUGCAUCAGUGUUUAAUUGGAAUGGAGUUAUUGAGAUUAGAAGAUUGAUGAAAAAGAAUCAAGUAAUAAAAUCUCCAGGACAAAGUGUUGUUCAAUUGAAUGGAAAGAGUUAUAAGUUUACAGUUGAAGAUCAAUUUCAUCCUAAAGGAUCAGUUAUAUAUGAAGUUUUAGAUUCUUUAGGUUUACAGUUGAAAGAUGAAUUUGAUUUAUCAUAUUUACAAGACGUUUUAUCAUAA